UCUCUCUCACACACACACACACACACACACACUCACGCGCCGUGCGUCUCCGGGAGAGCCGGAGAAACAGUUCCACAAGAGCCUGAAACAACCGAGAGCCUUUCCCAGAACGAGUUCGGCCCGCGGGCGCCCGGGCUCACGGAACACACACCACCAGGACCGGACUCACGGAACACACACCACCAGGACCGGGCUCACGGAACACACACCACCAGGACCGGACUCACGGAACACACACCACCAGGACCGGGCUCACGGAACACACACCACCAGGACCGGGCUCACGGAACACACACCGACACGAUGGACAAACUUUUCGCGUGCGUCUUCGCGGCGGUCGGGGUGUUGGUGUCCGCGCGAGCGCAGGUGUUUAAAGGUGAUUGUGACUUCGAGAAACCCUUCUCUUCGUGUGGAUACACUCAAGGACGAGACGAUGACCUCGACUGGGAACAGAUCGACACCAGUGAGAAGCCUUCGCUGGACCCGUGGAUGCCACCCGGCUCAGCGUUCAUGAUGGUGAACUCCUCGGGUCGGUUUGCGGGUCAGAAGGCUUUACUCUUCACUCCGCAGCUGAAAGAGAACGACACACACUGCGUGAUAUUCCAGUUCUAUGUUGCGGGUCGAGAGGGCGGCAGACCUGGACAUCUGAACAUCUACAUCAAGGAGAACAACAGCCCGAUGGGUUUACCGGUGUGGAACACGACUGGACCCGCCACACACUCCUGGAGCCAGGUGGAGCUCGCCAUCAGCACUUACUGGCCCAACUACUACCAGAUCGUCUUUGAAGUGGUGACCUCCGGGCAGAGAGGCUUUCUCGCCAUCAAGGACGUCGUUCUCCAGGGCCAUCAGUGCAUGAACACGCCGCACUUCCUCCAUAUCAAAGGCGUUGAAGUGAACGCUGGACAAACAGCAACCUUUCACUGUACCGUCAACGGAGAGUGGAGAGACAACUUUAACCUCUGGCUGCAGGGUAUCGGCGGCCGUGAAGCUCCGAUGAAAGCGACCAAGCCGUGGAAUAACCAGCGAUUCAUCGGCAUGUUCGACGUGAUGAACACGACGAAACCGGAUUCUGGCCGCUACCGCUGCAUCGUCCACUCGAACACCGGCGCGGGAGUGUCCAACUACGGGGAGCUCACCAUCAAACAGCCGCCGGUCCCCAUCGCUCCUCCUCAGCUGAUGGCGGUCGGGGCCACGUAUCUGUGGAUCCAGCUCAACGCUAACUCCAUCAACGGAGACGGGCCGAUCGUGAGCCGCGAGGUGGAGUACCGCACCGUCUCCGGCUCCAUGUACGACCUGCAGCCCGUCGACAAAACCUCACACAAGAUCGGCCACCUGGACCCCGACACGGAGUACGAGAUCAGCGUGUUGCUGACGCGGCCCCUGGACGGAGGGACCGGGGCCCCGGGGCCCCCGCUGAGAGCACGCACCAAAUGUGCAGAGCCGAUGCACGGGCCCCGACAGCUGAAAGUGGUGGACAUCAAGUCUCGGCAGGUGACGGUUCGCUGGGAGCCGUUCGGCUACAACGUGACACGCUGCCACAACUACAGUCUGACGGUGCAGUACCGGUCCCGAACCCGGGCCGGAGCCGGGGCGAAGGAGGAGAGCAGGGAGGUGUCGUCCAGCUCCACUCCUCAACACACCAUACACAACCUCACGCCCUUCACCAACCUCAGCGUCAGGAUGGUCCUGCGCAACCGAGAGGGAGUCAAGGAGAGUCCCGAGAUACACGUGCAGACCGACGAGGAUGUGCCGGGUGAAGUUCCUCUGGAAUCUAUCCAGGCCAGUGUGUACGAGGAGAAGAUCCUGCUGAAGUGGAGAGAACCGGCUCAGACCUUCGGCAUCAUCACUCAGUAUGAGAUCUCCUAUAAAGCCGUCAGCUCCUUCGACCCAGUGCUGGAUCUGUCUAACCAGAGCGGGAAGGUGGUGAAGAUGGGGAAUGACACCAGCCACGUGUUCCUGGGUCUCUAUCCCGGCUCCACGUACUCCUUCACCCUCCGAGCGAGCACGGCUAAAGGCUUCGGGCCGCCCGCCGUCACACAGGCCACAACCAAGAUCUCAGCUCCGUCGAUGCCGGCGUACGAUCAGGAGUCGCCUCUGAACCAGACGGACAGCAGCGUCACGGUUGUGCUGAAACCGGCCCAGAGCCGCGGAGCUCCUGUCAGUGUGUAUCAGGUGGUUGUUGAGGAGGAACGUCCACGAAGAGCUCGAGGUGGUGAGGCUGAGAUCCUCCGCUGUUAUCCGGUGCCGGUUCACUACCAGAACGCCAGCGGUCUGAACUCCCGGUAUUACUACAGCGCCGAGUUCCCGUCCGCAAGCGUCCCGUCGCCUCAGCCCUUCACCGUCGGGGAUAACCGGACCUACAGCGGGUACUGGAACGCCCCGCUGCUGCCGCACAAGAGCUACAGCGUCUACUAUCAGGCCGUCAGCACCGCCAACGGGGAGACGAAGAUCGACUGUGUUCGUGUCGCUACCAAAGCUGCUAUCUUGGUGACUCAACUCACGACUCCUUACGUUCGCAUCGCUCCGGCUGCUGGAGACAAACAGCUAACAGGGUUAGCAACGCACAAGCCGAACGCGGUGGAGCCGGAGAAACAGACCGACCACACGGUGAAGAUCGCAGGAGUCAUCGCAGGAAUACUGCUCUUCGUCAUCAUCUUCCUCGGUGUCGUGCUGCUCAUGAAGAAACGGAGAACCUAUCAGUCCUACACUUACUACCUGAAGCUGGCGAAGAAGCGCAAGGAGACGCUGAGCACGAGGCAGGAGAUGACGGUGAUGGUGAACUCCAUGGACAAGAGUUACACUGAGCAGGGGACCAACUGUGACGAGGCGCUGUCCUUCAUGGACACACACAACCUCAACGGACGCUCGGGUUCUUCUCCAUGUUCUCUGACGGUGAAGACCAACACACUGAGCAGCAGCAGCAUCCCGAACACUUAUUACCCAGACCCGUUCGUUCCCACCGCCAUCUUAGUCCCCAUUACUGACGAGACUCAAACCCUGACCAGUGACACCAGCAGCCUGGUGCAGUCGCACACACACACACACUCGUCGCACACACACUCUCUGCGCAAGCGUGAGGCCGUGGACGUGCCGUAUCAGACGGCUCAGCUUCAUCCCGCCAUCCGUGUGGCCGACCUCCUGCAACACAUCACACAGAUGAAGUGUGCCGAGGGCUACGGCUUCAAGGAGGAGUACGAGAGCUUCUUCGAGGGUCAGUCUGCUCCCUGGGAUUCGGCCAAGAAGGACGAGAACCGCAUGAAGAACCGCUACGGAAACAUCAUUGCAUACGAUCACUCGCGUGUGCGGCUGCAGAAUCUGGACGGGGAGCAGAACUCUGAUUACAUUAAUGCAAAUUACGUUGAUGGUUAUCACAGGCCGAAUCACUACAUCGCUACACAAGGUAAGAGCCAAAU